UUCUUCUGGAGCAACAUUGUGAUGUGGGCUGCCAUAAAUCCGAGAAUUGUUAAUUCAGCUGUCAUCUAUCAGCACACAGGUUGCAAAUCAAAUCAAGCGAAGCUCUCUUAUCUAUUUUGGACAGCUUAUCUUGAUGAGCGGACCAACACACCUGCUAAACGCACUUGAAAUACUUUUAGAUGUUGAGAUAUCUCUGAAUUCCCCACACUCGUGAUCCUUGAGAAUCUUUGCUUCGUUCUUGACGUUUCACAAAUUAAUACAAACUUGUGAAACAUUUUUCUGGCUACACACCUUUACCCACAUUGCUCAUUUCCAAUGAAAGCGCUUCCGGAGGAAGCUGUCGGAUUGGUGAAGGCGUCUGCAAGAUUCGAAUGCAAUGCCCCAAGCAGAUGGCACAGAUCCUGAAGACAAUUCUAGUUGCUUCUGUGACUCCAAAGAAACAUCCAAACCUCGCACCUAUGCAUUUAAGGAAGCUGCGGCAGGCGAUGCGGUUGAGGAGGAGAAGGAAAGGAAACAGGAGAGGGACGAUGGCCUAAAGCAUCUGUACAACAAUCCAGCUGGCAACAAUCGUACUCCUUCCUCCGUGUUAGGCAUCCAGGCUGGCGUCUUCAACAACCUGAACGAGCGUACACUGUCCUCAUUGGGCUACUCGUCAGCCAGUACGUUAAAGCCACUGGAAAUCAGUAAAUCACUGGGGGAAAAGACCAAUUUGUACCAUAAACUCGUGGAUCUUGUGAGGCGACGCAUCAAGCCCAACUCGAUUAUCACCAUCGGAAAGAGUCAGCAUCCUGUGCAUCUAAUGGUGCUUCAGAGCUUUUCACGUACGUUUCGUGAUGUCAGUAAUGAGUUGAGCGUGGAUCUGCCCGAGGAGAAAGUGACGCCGCGCUCCUUUAGGCUUAUCUACGACUGGAUGAUUGAGGACACGCCAAUUCUGCCCCGCCUCGGUCUACUGGAGGUUCUCCAGGCUGCCAGUUUUCUGCAGAUUCCGCAGCUGGCCAGCCAGUGCGAGUAUUGUCUGAAGAAUGGCUUCAGGGAGGAGUCUGCGGCGAUGCUGUAUUUGGAGGCUAAGCUCCUUAAACUAGAGCAGAACCAUCGGCACUUACUUGUGCGCAUCUCAAAGUUUUUCCUGACGCUGGUUGCGUCAAAAGAGUUCCUGCGACUGCAGCUUAACCCACUGCUCAUGCUGAUCAUGUCGAGCGAUAUUGGCGUCAAUACGGAGUUGGAGGUCUUCAUGGCAGCCGUUCGCUGGCUUAAUCACCAAUGGCCCCAACGACAGGGAAACAUUACAGUGGUUGCAUCCAGCAUACGUUUCGGUCUGAUCCCGCCGUGGUUGCUCAUCCGUUUGCAGAAGCCCGAUAUCACCGCUGUGGAGGUGAGGAGAAUUGUAACUGAGCCAGAGGUGCGCCAAGCCAUUCAUGACGGCAUUGCCUACACCACCACGCGACUCUUUUUUGGAGCUGAUCGCGAGGCCUUCAAGAACCAUUUGCACAACUCGAGCGCCCAUCCACCGAUUCAGCGGACCUGGAUUUACGACCGGAAGUGUCGCCAUCACCAUCGCUUGCACUGCAAGAUCACACUGGAACUAACCUACGAAACGUUUGUAGAGUACCUAAACUAUCUUCAGAAUCAGAACCGGGACUAUUGGCAUUCUAUAGAAAUUGCGGAGGCCAGCAAUGUGUGUUUCAAUUGCCAGGCCGUUGCCAAAGAGUUGGAAUAACUAAGCCCCUUGAUUGACCUUAGAUGUUAUUUGUAAAAAUUGUGAAAUAUAUCUUGAUACUUAAUUGAAAACCUGCGGAUCUCUGAAAUUUAACAAAUAAUUUAAAUAUGUAAAUGUCGGUGUGAGCUUUGGGGAAAAAAAGGCAUACUGCCGUUA